AUGAGGUACAACAGACAGACAGGAGGGAGGGAGGUACAACAGAGAGACAGGAGGACGGGAGGUAAACAGACAGGAGGGAGGGAAGUACAACAGAGAGACAGAAGGGAGGGAGGUACAACCGACAGGAGGGAGGGAGGUACAACAGAGAGACAGAAGGGAGGGAGGUACAACCGACAGGAGGGAGGGAGGUACAACAGAGAGACAGAAGGGAGGGAGGUACAACAGAGAGACAGAAGGGAGGGAGGUACAACCGACAGGAGGGAGGGAGGUACAACAGAGAGACAGAAGGGAGGGAGGUACAACAGAGAGACAGAAGGGAGGGAGGUACAACCGACAGGAGGGAGGGAGGUACAACAGAGAGACAGAAGGGAGGGAGGUACAACCGACAGGAGGGAGGGAGGUACAACAGAGAGACAGAAGGGAGGAAGGUACAACAGAGAGACAGGAGGGCGGGAGGUACAACAGAGAGGCAGGAGGGAGGUACAACAGAGACAGAAGGGAGGGAGGUACAACAGAGAGACAGGAGGACGGGAGGUACAACAGAGAGGCAGGAGGGAGGUACAACAGAGAGACAGAAGGGAGGGAGGUACAACAGAGAGACAGAUGGGAGGGAGGUACAACAGAGAGACAGGAGGGAGGGAGGUACAACAGAGAGACAGGAGGGCGGGAGGUACAACAGAGAGGCCUGAGGGAGGUACAACAGAGACAGAAGGGAGGGAGGUACAACAGAGAGACAGGAGGACGGGAGGUAAACAGACAAGAGUGAGGGAAGUACAACAGAGAGACAGGGGAGCAGGAGGUACAACAGAGAGACAGGAGGGAGGGAGGUACAACAGAGAGACAGGAGAGAUGGAGGUACAACAGAGAGACAGGAGAGAUGGAGGUACAACAGAGAGACAGAAGGGAGGGAGGAACUGGAAGCGUGGAAAACGUCGGUCCAACAUAAAAAUGCUAGAAAAUAGAUGA